UGCGUGUGGCCGUCGCCAUGGCAACAGAGCUGUUAGACACCUGAGUUGGGCUCUGGCAGGAAGCCGAGGCAGAGCAGACGGAGGGCGACGGAAAGAGAGAAGAUCAUGCCGAGAAGAAGCGCAGCGGCGGAGGACGUCGGAAUCGAGAUUGAUGAAGAUGAGACCGACAGCGAUGACGGCAGCAACCGGAGGAAAGCCAACAGGAGGCCGGCAGGUGGGCGAGGAGGAGGAGGAAGAGGAAGAGGAAGAGGAAGAGGUAAGAAGGCCGACAGCGACGACGAGGAAGACGAUGAAGAUGAGGCUCCAAAGGGACGAGGAAGAGGAGGAAACAGGAGGAAGCCCGGCAAUAAACGAGGCGGCGGUAAGAACGACGAUGAUGAUGACAGCGAAGAUGAUUCUCCCAAGAAGAAGAGAGGAGGAGCAGCAAACCGGAAGAAAGGCGGCAAAGCCCAAGACAGUGAUGAAGACGACAGCGACGACGGGAAAGGAAAGAGAGGAAAGAAAGGAGGGAAGAAAGGAGGGAAGGAGGAGGAGAAGGGAAAGAAAGGCGACGCCAAAGGAAAAGACAAAGGGAAAGACAAAGAUGACGACAAGAAGAAGAAGAAGAAGAAGGGUGACAGUUCGUCGGACUCCAACUCGAACUCAGACGAGGAGGAGGAGUCCAUGUCGGAGGGGGAGAUGGCGCGGCUAAUGGAGGAGGUGGAGGAGAAGAAGAAACUGAUCGCCACCAUCAGGAACAAGCCUUGGCGGAUGAAGCGGCGGCUCGUUCUCUUAAAGGAAGCUCAACAAUUUGUGGAUAAGUUUGAAGGUGCUCUGGGAAAAGGAAAAGGCAGGAAGUGGUAUGCCUACAAAGUGAUGAUGACGAAGAAAUGGAUUAAGUUUCAGAGAGAUUUUGAAAAUUUCAGAACAGCCUGCAUCCCCUGGGAGAGGAAGAUUAAAGAGGUGGAAAGUCACUUCGGAUCAUCAGUCGCUUCUUACUUCAUCUUCCUGCGAUGGAUGUACGGCAUGAAUCUCGUCCUAUUUGGUCUCACCUUUGGACUCGUCGUCAUUCCUGAGGUCCUCAUGGGUCUUCCUUACGGGUCCAUUCCCAGAAAGACGGUACCGAGAGCAGAGCAGGACACUGCUCAGGAUUAUUCAGUUCUCAUGGACUUCAACGGAUACUGUAAAUACUCAGUCCUGUUCUAUGGAUAUUACGACGACAAGAGAACCAUUGGUCCGCUAAAGUUCAGGUUGCCUCUGUCCUACCUCUUGGUGGGAAUCGGGAGCUUCGGAUACAGCCUGAUGCUGGUGAUCCGGACAAUGGCUAAAAAUGCUGACGUCGGCGGAGGAGAUGGAGAAGAAGGCGAGUUCACCUUCGCCUGGAAGAUGUUCACCAGUUGGGACUACCUCAUCGGCAAUGCCGAAACCGCUGACAACAAGUACGCCUCCAUCACCACCAGCUUCAAGGAAUCCAUCGUGGACGAGCAAGAGAACCAGAAGGACGAGAACAUCCACCUGCGGCGGUUUCUCCGGGUUCUGGCCAACUUCCUGAUCACCUGCAGUCUUGGCGGCAGUGGGUACCUCAUCUACUUUGUGGUGAAGAGAUCGCAGGAAUUUGCCUCCAGGGAUGACCUCAGUUGGUAUGAGAAGAAUGAGUUGGAGAUCAUCAUGUCCCUGCUGGGUUUGGUGUGUCCGCCUCUGUUUGAGACCAUCGCCGAACUGGAGGACUACCAUCCUCGAAUCGCCCUGAAGUGGCAGCUGGGACGCAUCUUCGCCCUCUUCCUUGGAAACCUCUACACCUUCCUGUUCGCCCUGUUUGAUGAGGUCAACAGUAAGCUGGACGAGGAACAGUCCAUCAAGAACGCCUCCAUCUGGGCCAUGAAGGAGUACUACGCCAACUACUCGCGUUUGCUCAACGAUUCGGACGCCACUCCGCCUCCGAUGAGCCCGGCAGACGUCAUCAGAGGCCCCUGCUGGGAGACGGCAGUCGGCAUAGAAUUUGUGAAACUGACCGUCUCAGACAUCCAGGUGACCUACCUGACCAUCCUGAUCGGCGACUUCGCCCGCGCCGUCAUCGUUCGUUUCCUCAACUACUGCUGGUGCUGGGACCUGGAAGCUGGUUUUCCGUCUUACGGAGAGUUUGACAUCAGUGGAAAUGUUCUCGGACUGGUCUUCAACCAGGGGAUGAUCUGGAUGGGAGCGUUUUACGCCCCGGGGCUGGUGGGUAUCAACGUGCUCCGCCUCCUCAGCUCCAUGUACUACCAGUGCUGGGCCGUCAUGGCCACCAACGUCCCCCAUGAGAGAGUCUUCAAGGCCUCCAAGUCCAACAACUUCUACAUGGGGCUCCUGCUCCUCAUCCUCUUCCUGAGCCUCCUGCCCGUCGUUUACACCAUCAUGACGCUGCCGCCGUCGUUUGACUGCGGCCCCUUCAGCGGGCGGGCGAAGAUGUUCGAUGUGAUCAUGGAGACGAUCAGGCUGGAUCUGCCGGCCUUCAUGGGGACCCUGUUCAGCUACGCAGCGAACCCCGGACUCAUCAUCCCGGCCGUGCUGCUCAUGGUGCUGGCCAUCUAUUAUCUGAACUCAGUCUCCGAAGCUUACCAAAACUCAAACAUGGAGCUGAAGAAGAAAAUGCAGAUGGCCCGUGAUGAAGAGAAGAACCGGAGAAAUAACAAAGACAGCACCAACCAGGUCAUGAAAGACCUGGAGGACCUGCUGCCCAACCGAUCCCUCAGUCCGCCGCCGGAGCCUGGUCAGUCACACCAGAACCACCGUCACGGCUAACAGAAG